AUGAAGGAGCGACAGCGCUGGCGGCCUGAGGAAGACGCCGUCCUGCGCGCGUACGUCCGGCAGUACGGCCCGCGCGAGUGGCACCUGGUGUCGCAGCGCAUGAACGUGGCCCUCGACCGCGACGCCAAGUCCUGCCUGGAGCGCUGGAAGAACUACCUCCGCCCCGGGAUCAAGAAGGGCUCGCUGUCCGAGGAGGAGCAGCGCCUGGUGAUCCGCCUGCAGGCCAAGCACGGCAACAAGUGGAAGAAGAUCGCCGCCGAGGUGCCCGGGCGCACGGCCAAGCGCCUCGGCAAGUGGUGGGAGGUGUUCAAGGAGAAGCAGCAGCGGGAGCUCAGGGACAGCCGACGCCCGCCGCCGGAGCCCAGCCCGCACGAGCGGGGCAGGUACGAGUGGCUGCUCGAGAAUUUCGCGGAGAAGCUCGUCGGCGAGAGGCCCCACCAGCAGGUCGCCGCUGCAACGCCGCCGACGCUACUCAUGGCCACGCCAGUGAUGCCGCCAUGGCUGUCGCCCAACGCCGGGGCCGCCGUCGCGCAGCCGCCGCCGCCCAGACCGCCGUCGCCGUGCGUGACGCUCAGCCUCGCGUCCGCCACCGUGGCCCCGCCCGCGCCCGCGCCGUGGAUGCCGGAGCGCGCCGCGGCCGAGGCGGCGGCCGCGGCGUACGGGUUCCCGAGCCCGUCGCAGCAGCACGGCGCCGCCGGCGGCGGCGUUGGCGCACCCCAGGCGCCGCCGCCUCCGCAUCCGGGCAUGGCGGUGGUGGAGGGGCAGGCGCUGGCCGAACUCGCCGAGUGCUGCCGCGAGCUGGAGGAAGGGCAGCGCGCGUGGGCCGCGCACCGGCGGGAGGUGGCGUGGCGGCUGAAGCGCGUGGAGCAGCAGCUGGAGAUGGAGCGCGAGAUGCGGCGGCGCGAGGUGUGGGAGGAGUUCGAGGCCAAGAUGCGCACCAUGCGGCUGGAGCAGGCGGCCGCCGCGGAGCGCGUGGAGCGGGACCACCGGGGGAAGGUGGCGGAGCUCCGCCGCGACGCGCAGCUCAAGGAGGAGAAGAUGGCCGAGCAGUGGGCCGCCAAGCACGCGCGCGUCGCCAAGUUCCUCGACCAGAUCGGCUGCUCCUCACGCUCGUGGUCCUCGGCCACCGACAUGAACUGCUGA